AUGGAAAGCGAAGCUUUUGUGAGAGGGGACGAAGGUGCAGUUUUUCAGCUGGACCGAGCUGUUUUGGACGUCCUUCCCAAUGUCGCUGAGAUAGUCAAUGUCAGCCACCAUGGAGAAUCGGCCUGGGCCAAAGCUCUCCGCGUUGAUACUCUUACGACGAACGGCAACAAGGAGAGCUACUUCAUGAAGGUUUCUGUUGGAACUCACGGCCGCGAAGCAUUGGGCACAUCGGCCAUCUUUGCUAUCACGCCUGAUUUCUGUCCACUACCCAUCGCUUGGGGCAGUCUCAAAACUCAGGAAGAUUCUCAUUUCUACCUUUGCAAAUUCUAUGACUUUACGGAUGGCGUGCCUGAGCCUGUGUCAUUUUGCGAGAAGCUUGCGCGGCUGUAUUCGAGCGGUAGUUCUCCCGAAGGAAAGUUUGGCUUCCAUUGUACUACGUACAACGGAGACUUGCCCCAGGAUAGCACUUGGCACAACAGUUGGGAGCAAUCUUUUGCCAAUGGACUACGAAAUGUUCUUCAAGUCCGUAAAGACCGGGCAGGUCCCCAUGACGAGCUGGACUCUCUGCUCCCUGACCUCUUCGACAAGGUAAUUCCACGACUGUUGCCCCCACUGGAGACGAGUGGUCGCACCAUAAUACCGUCUCUGGUUCAUGGUGAUCUAUGGUGUGGGAAUGCCAGUAUUGUCAACGAAGAGACAGAAGAAGGAAUCGUGUAUGAUCCCGCUGCAUUUUGGGCUCACUAUGAGUAUGAACUGGGCAACUGGCGGCCGGCAAGGAACCAGUUCACUCGUUUGUACUUUGACGAGUACCAUUCACAUGUGCCAAAGGCUGAACCCGCCGAGGAUUACGAUUCUAGGAACGCUCUGUAUGCUCUACGAUUCGACUUGCACGCUGCGGCACUCUUCUCAACCCAGGAGGAGUAUGUUCAGAUGGCCAUUGACGAAAUCCAACGGCUGGUAGAAAAGUUCCAUGAUGGAAUCACCAAAGGCACAGAGUAA